AUCAUUUCUGUCUGAGAUAUUUAUGCUCACCCAAAUGGAUGGGUCCAGUCCACAUGGGUAAAAUUAACCUCCCGCGACUUUUUGGUUUACUGUUAUUUAACUUUGAGGGUAAUGAUCCUUCUUAUUUUGGUGUUAAACCAGUAGAUUCUUGAAUUUUCCAUCUUCGUCCUGGUUGUGGGAGUAUCGACUCCAUAUGCUUAAGAGAUAGAGUAGGUCAUGUAUCACAAUCAAUACAGUCAUUUCACUGAUUAUCACUUUUUUUGCUUCUUCUAGCAAAAUUUGCAAAAUUGAGGACUUCCAUUUACUUAUAAGCAGCUCUCUGAGGGGACUUUGGCCAAAAGAUGAUUAAAAAUAUCCAAUCAUCAGAACAAAAAGUGGUUCAAAGACACCAUGUGUUGAAAAUAAAGACUAUUUGUCAUGUAAUGUCAAUCUAACCUCUACUCUGAUUAAUCCUUAAACUAUGUUACAUCUGAUAUUAUUUUGUACUUUUCGGCUUUUCGUAAAUCUCUGAAAUUGUUGGAGUUUUAUUUAUUUAUCAGAGAUUAAAAAUAUAUAUUUUUAGAAUGUCUCCAAUUGGACAAUUUGUUGAGGUUUAGCAAAUUAAAUUUUCUAGAUUUCGAUUGAAUCUACUGAUUGAAUUACAGGAAAUUCCAAAGUCUGGUGUCCACAACUUUUUCAGUCAAGGUGUAAAGAUGAAACUGUAGGGGAUGGAGGAAUUUAUAGCAUUUUUGCUGAUGAGAAUCCUGCAUUGAAUAGUCCUCGCUAUAAAAAAAAAUCGUGACUGCCAAUGCUUAAAAGUUGGAUUUCUACUGCUGCUCCAGAGGAAUUUAUUUCAAUCAGGUUUGCCUUUAAUAAUGCAAUAAGGAACUUUUUUUUAUUUAGCUAAGCAGAUUUAGCUUCUUAUUUGAAAGUUACAUUCCCAUGAUUUCAAAGUCUAUAUAGUACUCAGUUCUUUCUUAGGGCUUAAGAUGAAAGGAACAAUUGUCGUAGACUUGGCUGUUUUGUCAACCCUUAAUCCUGCAGAGUCUCCUGAAGAUGGUCAAGUGUCAUCUCCUUAUCCUCACCUGAAGGGAGUGCAUCAGGGCUCAGCACAUGGCCCCCUGCUGUUCUCCAUUUACCCACCCUCCCUUGGCUCAUGGCUAUACAACUUCUUCUAUCUCUGGGGACGUUGGGCCUUGUCCAGAGGGCUCCCCGAGAGCGGAGCCGGACACCCGUGUCUGCGGGAGCUGCUGCGCGGAGUUUUUUGACCUCGCCGACCUGGAGCGGCACCAGAAGAACUGCACUAAGAACCCGUUGGUCCUGAUCGUGAACGACGGCCCGGCUUCCCCUCCCGAGCCGUUCUCCCCGGGCUCGCCAAGCGAAGACCCCGAUGAGCUGGUGGGCGACUCGGCGGCAGGCGCUGAUCGCAUCGAGUGUAGCGGCCCCACUGAGAGCAGCGGCCCGGAAGAAGUGGAAUCCAUGGAUGUCGACGUGCCCCCAGCUCACUGUAGCGGCAGUGCCAAUAGCCACGGUUCUGUCGUGAGCAGCCUGGACCACAGUGGCAAUGUCGGGACUGGUUCUGGUCCGGCCACCGGAGCCUCGGCCAUAUCCACGUCUCUACCUCAGCUAGCCAAUCUGAACGAUCUAGGCGGUCUGUCCAUGAUCAGCAGCAACGUCAUCAUCGAGAACCUACAAAGCACCAAGGUGGCUGUGGCUCAGUUCUCCCAGGGAACCCGCUCCAGCGGUACUGGCUGCAAAGUGGCGGUACCGGCCCUGAUGGAGCAGCUUCUGGCUUUGCAGCAGCAGCAGGUCCACCAGUUACAGCUCAUCGAGCAGAUCCGCCACCAGAUCCUGCUGCUGGCAUCACAAAGCCCCGAGACGGCCGAGGCACCCAGAAGCCCCUCCAGGAUGUCGGGGACGGGCACCAGCCCGCUGUCGGCCCUCAGCUCACACCUCUCCCAGCAGCUAGCUGCGGCCGCAGGGCUGGCUCAGAGUCUUGCCAGCCAAUCUGCCAGCAUCAGCAAUCUGAAACACUUGACGGCAGCGGCGGCAGUGGUGCAGCUACCUCAGGGUGACCCUGGCAGUGCAGCGGCACCCUCUGGGGGCGAGUCGUCUCAGAGCAUUGGCACGCCAUCGACUGUGGGCACCCUGUCCUCAGAAAGGCAACCUGCACAGCCUCCCCUUGGCAAUCCAUCACUGGUGAAAACAUCCACGGCUGCUUUUGGGAUAGGGAACCUUUUAAAUCCUGUAGCAAAUCCGCUACUACCUCAGACCCUUCCUAGCAAUCCCAUGUUCCCUAACUCACUGCCCAGUGUGGGCACAACUGUGGAAGACUUGAGCUCACUGGCUGCCCUGGCACAGCAAAGGAAAGGCAAGUCCCCCAGCAUCACCUCAUUUGAGCCCAAGAGCAGUCCAGAGGAGGCUUUCUUCAAACACAAAUGCAGAUUCUGUGCCAAGGUGUUUGGGAGUGACAGUGCCUUGCAGAUCCACCUGCGGUCUCAUACUGGGGAGAGGCCGUACAAAUGUAACAUCUGCGGGAACCGCUUCUCCACCCGUGGGAACCUGAAAGUCCACUUCCAGAGGCAUAAAGAGAAGUACCCUCACAUCCAGAUGAACCCUUACCCCGUUCCAGAACAUUUAGAUAACAUUCCGACCAGUACUGGCAUUCCAUAUGGCAUGUCCAUGCCACCGGAAAAGCCAGUAACCAGUUGGCUGGAUAGUAAGCCGGUUCUGUCUACCCUGACCUCCUCCGUGGGCCUAUUGCUUCCACCAACCCUCCACAGUCUGCCCCCUUUCAUUAAGAAAGAGGAGAGCCAUUCUGUGGCCAUUAUGAGCCCCUCAAGCUCCAUCAGAAGCGACUCAGGUGCGGCCGAGCUCUCUGCAAAGACUAACGAUUGUGUCUCAGAAGAAGGCGAAGGUGGUACCCUUCCUACCUCAAACGGGAAGACCGAAGAGAGCACUCAACCCAUCAACUUCUUCACCAGUGUAAGCUCUGCCAUGGAGAGCAGCAGAGACUGUGCCACCGGCAGCCCUCCUGUGACCACCAAUCCUCUGGUGCCGCUCAUGUCUGAGCCCUUUAAGGCUAAGUUCCCCUUCGCAGGGCUCCUGGAGCCCAUUCACACCUCGGAGACCUCCAAGCUGCAGCAGCUCGUGGAGAACAUUGACAGGAAGGGGAGUGACCCUAACGAGUGCGUCAUCUGUCACCGAGUGCUCAGCUGCCAGAGUGCGCUGAAGAUGCACUACCGCACACACACUGGUGAGAGGCCCUUCAAGUGCAGGGUGUGUGGCCGCGCGUUCACCACCAAGGGCAACCUGAAGACGCACUACAGUGUCCACCGUGCCAUGCCCCCACUCCGGGUCCAGCACUCCUGCCCUAUCUGUCAGAAGAAGUUCACCAAUGCUGUGGUCCUGCAGCAGCACAUCCGUAUGCAUAUGGGAGGGCAGAUUCCCAAUACCCCCCUCCCUGACACUUACCCUGAGUCUAUGGGGUCAGAUGCGGGCUCCUUCGAUGAGAGAAACUUCGAUGAUUUGGAGAACUUCUCUGAUGACAACAUGGAAAGCAUGGAAGACUUCCCCGACAGCAGUAUUCCAGACACGCCCAGAUCUACCGAAGCCUCCCAAGACAGCCGUUGUUCCUCCCCGGGUCAACCUGAGCAUAUUGGGAGGGGAAGUGUGGAGGGCCAGACCAAGGUGACCCAGCAAGAGCUACUGGAGGAGCUGCAGGCCAGCAGAGCAAGAUCCAUGGAAAAUGGCUCCUUGGAGGGGGACCGCCUCACCAACGACUCCUCAUCCCUGGGGGGUGAUGUCGAGAGCCAAAGUGCUGGAAGCCCAACUCUUUCCGAGUCUACCUCGUCAAUGCAGGCUCCGUCUCCCACCAACAGUGCCCCUGUUCACCGCAAGUCCCCCAACUUUGAGGACCGACAGUUGAAGGCUUUGUCACUGGACCAUAUUAAUAUGGGUUCCAAGCAGCCCCCAGCCACUGGGGCUCUAGAUCUGACAUCCUGUAACUCCUCAAAGGACGCCCUGACCAUGAUGUUUCCCUUCCGUGAGCGCAGCACCUUCAAGAACACGGCGUGUGACAUCUGUGGCAAGACCUUCGCCUGCCAGAGUGCCUUGGACAUUCAUUACCGAAGUCAUACCAAAGAGAGACCGUUCAUUUGCACAGCCUGCAACCGGGGCUUCUCUACCAAGGGCAACCUCAAGCAGCACAUGCUUACUCACCAGAUGCGAGACCUGCCCUCACAGCUCUUUGAACCCUCCACCCCGAGCCCCAGUCCUUCACUCCUCUCCACCAGCUCCCUGGCCUCCAUGAUCAAGACGGAGGUUAACGGCUUCCUCCACGGCUCCUACCAGGAUGCCAAGGACCCUGUGGUGAGCCUGGCGACAUCGCAGCCUGCCACAUCGCCCCCAGUGCUCUCUUCGGCCCCCCCUCGGCGGACACCUAAGCAGCAUAAUUGCAACUCCUGUGGAAAGACCUUCUCCUCUUCCAGUGCCCUGCAGAUCCACGAACGGACGCACACUGGGGAGAAACCAUUCGCAUGCACUAUCUGUGGACGAGCUUUCACUACCAAAGGCAAUCUCAAGGUUCAUAUGGGAACUCACAUGUGGAACAGUGCCCCUGCCAGGCGGGGCCGCAGGCUAUCUGUGGAUGGUCCCAUGGCCUUUCUGGGCACCAACCCCGUGAAGUUUCCCGAGAUCUUCCAGAAGGACAUGGUGUCGCGAGCCGGCAACGGCGACCCCACUGGCUUCUGGAAUCAGUACGCCGCAGCCUUUUCCAGCGGCCUGGCCAUGAAGGCCAACGAGAUCUCGGUCAUCCAGAACGGGGGUCUGCCACCUCUGUCUGGGGGUGUGGGCCACGGGGGCAGCUCCCCUCUGGGGGGCGGCACGGGGAGUAUGGAGAAGCUGCCCGUCUCCGAGGCGAGCAGCGCACUUGCUGGGCUGGAGAAGAUGGCUGGCGCUGACAAUGGGACCCAUUUCCGCUUUGCGCGCUUCAUGGAGGAUAAUAAAGAAAUAGUCACCAACUAGCCAACGACCUUCCCAUGAUGCAAAGGGAGGAACAAGACAAGGGGGGGGGGGGG